UAGUCCCCGCGGGCUGCCCCCUCCCCGCCCGCCCCUCCUCGCCGCCUCGCGCACACAAUGGCGCUGAAGAGAAUCCACAAGGAGUUGAAUGAUCUGGCACGUGAUCCUCCAGCACAGUGUUCAGCAGGGCCUGUUGGUGAUGACAUGUUCCAUUGGCAAGCUACAAUAAUGGGACCAAAUGACAGUCCCUAUCAAGGUGGAGUAUUUUUCUUGACAAUUCACUUCCCAACAGAUUAUCCCUUCAAACCACCUAAGGUUGCAUUUACAACAAGAAUCUAUCAUCCAAAUAUUAACAGUAAUGGCAGCAUUUGUCUUGAUAUUCUACGAUCACAGUGGUCCCCAGCACUAACUAUUUCAAAAGUACUUUUGUCCAUCUGUUCUCUGUUGUGUGAUCCCAAUCCAGAUGAUCCUUUAGUGCCUGAGAUUGCACGGAUCUACAAAACAGAUAGAGAAAAGUACAACAGAAUAGCUCGGGAAUGGACUCAGAAGUAUGCGAUGUAAUUAAAGAAAUUAUUGGAUAACCUCUACAAAUAAAGAUAGGGGAACUCUGAAAGAGAAAGUCCUUUUGAUUUCCAUUUGACUGCUUUCUAUGAGCCCACGCCUCAUCUUCCCCUGUGCACAUGUUUACCUGAUACAGCAGUGCUGCGUGUUGUACAUACUUGGAACAACAAAAUAGAAAUACUGUAUUUCCCCGUACCAACAUUGACUCCUAGCAGAGAAGUGUGUGUGUGAAAAGCUGGUUCUUCAGUCAUAACUUUGUGAGCCUAAAAGCAUUCCUUGUUGAUUUAAAUUGGGUAAUAAAAUGUGAAUGGGAGAGUUAUGGUGGAUUUCGUAUUUCUAGGGACAGUGUUGCUGAUCCGUGAAGGAUUUUAAGUGGAAUCCUUUUAAACUCAUAACAGUUAUGAAAAGCAAGGUGAAGAACUUGAAGCUGUUUCUGUUUUCAUUUUAUUCUGAAGGACCUACACCUUAGGUAAAUGUUAUGACCAAUGAGAUAAACUGUACCCACAUCCUGUGUUUAAGGUCUAAGUUUAACCGGUCAACAUUUAAAUGGAUUGGAGCUAUUAGUGCAUCAAGUGAUGUUGAUUUGUUUCAACUCUCUCCCUUUCUUCAUACUUUUUUUGGUUUGUAUGUGGUUUCUCAGUUAAUACAUAGCUAAUAGCUCUUAUUUUUCUUAAGUUUUUUAACUGCUUAGGUCUUUCUGGAUGUAAGGGUAAAAAUCCAUUUGACAGAAAACUUGUGUAUAUUUAAAGACCCAACUGCUCCCCUGGAGCUUGUACGUUCAAGAAUGAUUAAUCUGUGUAAUAAACUGAUUACUACAGUCAUUACAUAUAACUUUGUGUGAAUAGGCUUUUAAUUUUAAGAGCAGUUUGUUACAGGCUAAAACUAAUGGUGGAUUUCUCU